AUACAAGUCUUAGAUAAUGCAUAUUGCUCGUCGUUAUUCACCUCCACCACCAGAUCCUUAUCCGUUACCAAGUUUACGUUUAGUUAUACUUUGUGUAUCUGUUGCAGUUGCUUUGAGUAUGAUAGUUGUUAUCUUGCUUAUUGAUGUUCGACCCCCGCCUCUUUCUGAUAUAUUUCUCACUACAGCCUACUUUCCACUUGGACAAAGCUUGCAAUUAAAAACACGACGAUGGACUAAAAAUGAAAAAAGUUGUCAGAGCUAUGGUGUACCACGUUUAAUUUCAAAUGUUACUGACACUCUUUGUGGCCAAGCAAUCUGGCAAAGUACAGCUGACUCAGAGGAAGGAGAUCGCUAUGUAAACAAGAUUGAUACAGCAUAUAGAUUUUUUGUAAAUUACAAUGACAGCUCUGAGUAUUUUAAAUGGUUUUUAUUCAGUGGUAGUGUUUUACCUCUGCCUAUUUCUUAUUAUACAGAGGAGACCAAUACCUCUCCUACAGCUGGUCAACAGUAUCGUUCAUUUCGAUGGGAGCCUAUAAAUGGGAAUUAUAUAAGUUCCAAUAAUGAUUCUAAAAGAAACGAACAUUUAGGUGUACAAAAAGAAAAAGUUUGCAAUAAUAAAAAAUGUAAAGAUGUAUUUCGACAUAUUGUUUACGUAUUUCGGCAAAAAAAUGCAUUUGCUCGUCUAAUUAUAUAUGGUUUUAACCACAGUAAAGAUGGAAGACUUGGAGUUGACUUUGCAGGAAGAUUGGCGGGAUCUAUGGUUGACUUAAUUACUCAAAAUCAACCUUCAUCGCUAGAUGCUUUUAUUAUAAAUUUUCAAACAUGGGUACAAUUUAUUGUGCGUACGUUACCUCUUAAAGUUGUUAGUAAAGCAUACAUGAGUAUUUUCAUGUUAGGGACAGGUGUUAUGUCAUUAUUUGAAGCUGAUUCUUGGGUGAUAUUCAUUGAUUUAUUCUCCAGUAAAUUGCAGUUACUAUGGAAACAUCUUAUCGAAGCUUCAUUAAAAGAUUUGUACUUUUUGGCUGUUGCGCUUUUUCUUCUUAUCAUUCACCGAACACAAAUAUUUCUUUCUCCGUACGGUGAAAUGAAUCAUAUACACACAAAGUGCAGCAGUUUAUUGACAUCAGCUGUUGAGAAAACGCGCCAGCAAGCAGAUUCUGUGAAGGAUGAUGUCAUUUUGCAGUCUUGAGAUUUAAGCAUAUGGGAUAUACAUUUAAGCAUAUGGGAUAAUAUAUUUUUAUACAAAUAUCAUCUACUUGCUUGAA